ACACACACACACACGCCUCUCGGUGCGAGCGCGAGCUCAUUUCCAGUGCGGUGUGAAGAUGAGGCGGACGCUCGCGCUCCUCUCCAGAGCAGGAUAAACGCAUGUGGUCUGUGAUUUUUAGCUGAUUUUUCAUUUUGAUCGCGUCUGAGACUGAAACUGAACACAAUGAGGUCCGUCUGUCUCGCGCUGCGCUUCUGCUGGCUGCUGCUGCUGCUGUGCAACUGCGAGAGGAAAAGCGCUGCGCUCCCCCGGGACACCGAUGUGGAUCAGUGCUCUGACGGAAGCGAUGCCUGUCACAUUGAUGCCAUUUGUCAAAACACUCCGACGUCCUACAAGUGCACGUGCAAAUCCGGCUUUAAAGGUGACGGGACGCAUUGUGAAGAUAUCGAUGAAUGUGAUUCUGAAUUCAACGGUGGCUGCGUGCACGAGUGUAACAACAUCCCGGGAAAUUACCGCUGCACGUGUUACGAUGGAUUUAAUUUGGCUCACGAUGGACACAACUGCCUCGACGUGGACGAGUGUCUUUUCAACAACGGCGGCUGUCAGCAUGUGUGUGUCAACACCAUGGGGAGUUACGAGUGCCGCUGCAAGCACGGAUUCUUCCUCAGUGACAAUCAGCACACAUGCAUCCAUCGCUCAGUGGAAGGUCUGAGCUGCAUGAACAAAGAGCACGGCUGCGCCCACAUCUGCAGAGAGACGCCCAAAGGCGGAGUUUCCUGCGAGUGCCGGCCGGGGUUCGAGCUCGCUAAGAACCAGCGCGGCUGCAUCCUGACCUGUAACCACGGCAACGGGGGGUGUCAACACGUCUGCGAGGACACGGAGCACGGGCCGGUGUGCAGGUGUCACGCCAGAUACACGCUUCAGACCGACGGGCGCUCAUGUGUAGAAAGAGAUGACGUGACCGCCAGCAGCUCUGACCACAACGCCACGUCUCUCGCCGAGGUGGACAAACGCGUCAAGCGGCGACUCCUGAUGGAGACCUGUGCUGUAAAUAAUGGCGGAUGUGACAGUAUGUGUAAGGACACAUCCACCGGCGUCCGCUGCAGCUGUCCUGUGGGUUUCACUCUCCAACCGGACGGCAAAAGCUGCAAAGACAUAGAUGAGUGUGAGUUCCACAACGGAGGCUGUGACCACUUCUGUAGGAACACCAUCGGCAGCUUCGAGUGUAGCUGUCGCAAAGGCUUCAAACUGCUGACGGAUGAGCGCUCCUGCCAGGAUAUUGACGAGUGCUUCUUUGAGAGGACGUGUGACCAGACUUGUGUGAACUCCCCGGGAAGCUUCGAGUGUGUGUGUAAUAAGGGAUACACACUCUACGGGCUUGCACACUGUGGAGACAUUAAUGAGUGCAGCGUGAAUAACGGCGGCUGUGGACACGUCUGUGAAAACACCAUGGGAGGAUUUCAGUGUCACUGCAGAGCGGGAUACAGACUGCACUGGAACAAGAAGGACUGCAUCGAAGCUGAUGGUUCUCCGGUUCUGAUGGUUCCUGUGAGGCCGACGCUGAACUGCAGUAAACACGGAGGAGCUGAACACUGCUUCCUCACCUGUCAGUCUCAGGUGAACAUCAGCAGCGGCGCUGAAGAUUCCUACACCGUGACCUGUGGCCUGCCGCUGCCGGGCUCGUCUGGAGGAGGACAGCGGGGCGACGGUGGGCCUCACUGCUCAGGUCUCGACUCUUUCUGCACUCACAGGAUCAAAACCACAGCCACGUUUAAAUGGGGUCAGGGGAAAUGCAGUCUGAAACGAAGUCCAGAAAAACUCACCGAGAGCUUCAGCAUGGCGCUGUCAGAUAAGAAGGCCUUGGCUACUGAGAACGUGCAGUUCAGCUUCGUGAGGCUUCACUGUAACUCCUCGAGCCCCCGGCAGCGAAGUCGUCACGGCCGUAAAGCGGUGGAGGACGAGAGCUCGUCCAUCACGGCCCUGUUUGAGCUCGAUGUCAACCCAGAGGAGGUAACAGCAGAGGGUUGUGAUCUGGCGUGUGUGAAGCGGCGCUCAGAGAAGCGCCUGAAGAAGACCAUCCGAACUCUCCGCAAGUCCAUAAACAGAGAGCAGUUCCACCUGCACUUCGGCAGCUCGGAGUAUGAACUCGCCAAGAAGGCGGCGCGGCCCGCAGACGGCCCUGAACCCUGCGGCCCCGGACAAGUGCUGCGGGACAGGAAGUGUGUGAACUGCGGCGUCGGGACGUACCACGACAGUGAGCAGGGGAGGUGUGUCCCCUGUCCUGCUGGAACAUACCAAGACGAGGAAGGACAGUUACUGUGUGAGAUGUGUCCAGGGCCGAAGGGCAGAGCGACCCCGAGAACCACCGGAGCCCGGAGCGUCGCUGAGUGUGGAGGUCAGUGUUCUCCCGGACACUUCUCUCACGACGGCUUCCUGCCGUGUCGUCCGUGUGCCAGAGGAUGGUACCAGCCGGAGCCAGGCCGCACUUCCUGCCUGCCGUGUGGAGGGAAUCUGGUAACGAGGCACGAGGGCGCUGUGUCCUUCCAGGCCUGUGAGACGAAAGUGCAGUGUUCUCCUGGACAUUACUAUAACACCAGCACUCACCGCUGCAUCCGCUGUCCACUCGGAACCUACCAGGUGGAAUUCGGACAGAACUUCUGUGUGUCCUGUCCGGGAAACACCACCACGGACUUCGACGGAUCCACCAGCGUCACUCAGUGCAAAAACAGGCGCUGUGGAGGAGAACUGGGUGAAUACACCGGAUUCAUCGAGUCGCCCAACUACCCUGGCGAUUAUCCGGCUAACGUGGAGUGCACGUGGAUCAUCAAUCCUCCACCCAAGCGCAGGAUCCUCAUCGUCGUCCCGGAGAUUUUCCUCCCCAUGGAGGACGAGUGCGGAGAUUACUUAGUCAUGCGCAAGAGCCCUCUACCAAACUCGGUGACGACGUACGAGACGUGUCAGACGUACGAGCGGCCGAUCGCCUUCACCUCGCGCUCGAAGAAGCUGUGGAUCCAGUUCAGGUCUAACGAGGGGAACAGCGGGAAAGGCUUCCAGGUUCCCUACGUGACGUACGACGAGGACUACCAGGAGCUAAUCGAGGACAUCGUCAGGGACGGGAGAUUAUACGCCUCGGAAAAUCACCAGGAAAUUUUAAAGGACAAGAAGCUCAUGAAGUGUCUGUUUGACGUUCUCGCUCAUCCGCAAAACUUCUUCAACUACACUGCUCAGGAGUCGAGAGAAAUGUUCCCCAAAUCCUUCAUCCGGUUUCUGCGCUCGAAAGUUCUGCGGUUUUUACGUCCUUAGAAACAAUCAGCAGAGAACUUUCUGUGGAUUUAAGGAACGUGGCACUCGAAUGGAAACAUUGAUCCUGGAUAAAUUUCCAAAAUGUCCAAAAUCUCGGCUGUUUGAGGACUUUGUGUGUGAACGAAGACGAGAACGCAGCUCCAUGAUGUCUGAAGAAGAGCGACUGGCCUCCAAAGAAAACUUUGCUUUGAAUGAAUAAAUAACUGCCUCUGCUUUCAUAAAUACAGGAGAUAAAACCCUCAGAGUGAUGAGGUCCAAACUCAAAAUCUGCUUCCUUACAUUCACAGCUCAUAAUUAAACCUUUUCGGAAAAUUCAAAUUCACACUCACACUGGUGUGGAGAAAUAAAUAAAUGACUGGUUGCUGUUGUAAUUAUGGUACAUAUCAUUUUAUUUUUGUUCUUUAAAGCACUCCUCGGGACGUAGUGGCAGGAAAAGCAGUUAAAUCUGUUGUAUAUUAUGUACAAAACUACUAGAUUCAGUUAAACUCUCAUGAUAUUUUUAUUUUUUUUGGUAUGCUUCCUUGAUAACUGCAUCAGUCAUGUACGCUUCGUUUGCUCGCUGUAAUAAACGUAUUAAAGUAUGCACAUUUUAUUUUAUCCUGAUUGUUCAGUGACGUGUUUCUAGGACAUUAAUACAGUGUGCACACUAACACUGAGCGCGAAAUUCUGGGAAUUCGUUUCAUAUUUCAUUUCAGUGCAGGGCUAAGAGAUAUGACUUACUCAUUAAAUGUUAUAGAGAGUAAAUUAAUGUUUAUAUUUUUAUGUUUGUACAUCUAACAUGUAAAUAAAAUGAAAGAAAGAAAGUAACUCA